CUAGGGAUAGUCUAUGGCGUCACAACCAGUCACCCAGUAGAGAUCUCUCCGCAGUGUGGAAAUAGUUGAUAGAGCACACGCAAUCCAAUCCACCUUUUUAGCUACCAGAGCAAUAUACAUUUGUGAGUUUCUUGUCCGCAUCGCUUGGACCAAUUGGAUAGGAUUUUUUAUUCGUUUUAACGGGCUCCGACAUAAGCGCAGUCAGUGAAGGACGUUUGAAAACUAACGGUUUGAAUUAGACUUCUGAUUAGUUCAGGAUUAAGUUCAAACCGGGAAAAGACACGGAUAGAGGUUUUGUUUUACCAACGACAUAAGAUUAAUUUUAAUCAGCACAGACAGCAUGGCGAGAGAGGACGCUCGGAAUAGGCAUGACUUCACAAAAAUCAUCGGACUGUUCAGCGUGGUCACGUUGCUGACUUUUCAAGGGGCAUUGUCUCAGCAGGUGAAGGUGGAACCGGAAGUGAUGUCCUACCCCAGCCAGGCGGUCAACCUGAGGUGUGCCUUCGCAGACGCUGGAGGGAUACAGCUCACACAGGUGUCCUGGAUCUAUGAGCCGAAGGAGGGCGAGCGGCUCAACAUCGCCGUGUACCACCCUAAAUUUGGGGCAAGUUUCCCCACAUCGCCCCUGAAGGGGCGGGUCCGCUUCACGACGGAGCCCCCCUCCCUCAGCAACCCCUCCAUCCAGAUCUCGGACGUCAAGAUGACUGACGAGGGAAAAUACAUCUGUGAAUACGCCACCUACCCCAGCGGCAACGAACAGGGUGUCACCUCCCUCGUCAUGCUAGCCAAACCCAGGAACUCUGCCUCCGGGGUAACAGUGAUAGCCUCCACUGUCGCCGCGGGAGCCAAGCCAGUUGUUGUGGCCCGCUGUGAGUCGGCCGACGGUCGCCCAGCUGCCCAGAUCGCAUGGGUGACAGCUGUCAACGGCAACGCUACCUCCGCCUCUACGGCGGGCACUGACAACACCGUGACGGUAUCCAGCCAGUACAUGCUGGUUCCCACAGCAGCAGACAACGGCAAAGACAUCAGCUGUUUAGUGUCCCAUCGAACCCAGGCCAAGCCUGAGAGCUUCCUGAUGAAACUGGCCAUCGAAUACCCCCCACAGGUGACCAUCGUGGGCUAUGAUAAUAACUGGUACAUGGGUCGGACCAACGUGGCUCUGACCUGUCAGGCUACUGCCAACCCCAUUCCUACCACCAUCACAUGGAAAACUAUGUCCGGUCAGAUGCCAGACACAGUGCAGGUAAAAGAAAACGUGCUGACCGUGCUGAAGGUGGAUGAGCAGGCCAACACAACCUUUGUCUGCGAGGUCAAGAACCGCCUGGGCACCGGCAAGGACCAGGUCACUGUUAUGGUCAGAGAACCCUCUGUGGUCCCCUCCAACGCAGGCGUGGUGGCAGGUGCUGUGAUUGGCUCCCUUCUGGCCCUUCUCCUCGUCGCCGCCCUUAUUGCCGUCCUGGUCACCCGGAGCCGCCGGCAACAGCAGGGUUACCGCGGCAACCCAAACCACAGCUCCUACGACAUAAAGUCGCGCGUCUUCGGUGGUGGGAAGAAGGGGAGCAAGAACGGGACAGGUGCUGGCGCCGGGGGCAACGGGGCAGGAGGCAACAACAGCCCCAUCUACGUCUACAAGGAGGGCUCCGCCCAUGAUGGCCUGACUGAUAAGGCCAAUCACCACGUGCCGCUACACCUGGGGAGGCAUGGUGAGGGUGGGGUUGCCACGGCGCAGGACAUCCUGCUGAGCGGCGAGCUGGACGAGGCAGAGCGGAGAAAGUUUGACCAACUGGAGGAUGACGAGGAGAGUUACGACAACUUUGGAAGGGGCGGGCCCAUCCUACAGCUCCGCCCAACACAAGACCAGGACGGAAUCAUGGGCGGUUACCUUGACGACGACAUGGAGUCUCAGCGCGACGGGUCGGUCAUCUCACGGACUGCCGUGUACGUGUAGAGAGAACGGUCGGAGGAGGGGGAAGGGAAAGCGGGAUGGAAGAAGGAAAGGAUGAAUGAACAUGUCCUCCUUCUAGAGGAUUCGGUGGUGUUGGGUUCUCCUCUGUUGGAUCAUUUGAAAUAUAUUAACGACGACCAACAAUGCUGCCCAUAGAGGGAGCAAGAUGAACUGAAUGAAGUGGCUGAGGGAGGGAAUGUACAGAAACAAGAUGGAGGACUGGUGUAUUGAUAACACAAAUCUUUUUCUCUGGUCCCAAUAUGAAAAGUGGAUCACUUGGGAUCUAUCUACCAAAACAAAUGAAAGAAAUCCUAAAACUAUCUUCCUCACAUUGCUGCUCUGUCUGUUGUUCCUCCUUUCCUUAGCUUAGGGACCUUGGAGAUUGAAGCAUCCAGAGAGACACAUUGUAGUAGAGACUUGUGGGUAAAAUGGCAUCUCCAUGCACCCGUUCCCACGUUAGAAACUCCUCACUAAAAUAUUCACUGUUAUCUCCACUAAACGCACAGUAGCAAUGUAAGGGAUGUCAUGAUGAUACCUGCUCCCUGCUAUUCUUGUCUCUCUCCUGUGGGACAACGUUGGUUCCUGCUACAGUAGCCUUGUUUCUGCUGUACGUGACAGUACUGGGGAAGGGGAAGUUUGACAGCGGAAGUGGUCGAUGUAGUUGUGGUUAAGUAGAAUGUCAGACUCUCUCGUGUGUGUAUGUUGCAGAAGGCCUCCUCAUUAUCUCUGCUAUUUUGCCAUCAACUGGAAGUAUGUGCAGAAUUUAGUUUGGGACAUUCUGAAAUGAUAAACAACUUACUGAAGGAGGUAGGUCAUCUAGAUGAAGAGUGCAUGAAAUGGGAAUCGAUAGAGGGAACAGCUGUUCUCAACCCUGGAGAGACUGGGAGAGAGGGAUUAGGAUGAAUUGAUAGAGGGAACAGCUGUUCUCAACCCUGGAGAGACUGGGAGAGAGGGAUCAGGAUGAAUUGAUAGAGGGAACAGCUGUUCUCAACCCUGGAGAGACUGGGAGAGAGGGAUCAGGAUGAAUUGAUAGAGGGAACAGCUGUUCUCAACCCUGGAGAGACUGGGAGAGAGGGAUCAGGAUGAAUUGAUAGAGGGAACAGCUGUUCUCAACCCUGGAGAGACUGGGAGAGAGGGAUCAGGAUGAAUUGAUAGAGGGAACAGCUGUUCUCAACCCUGGAGAGACUGGGAGAGAGGGAUCAGGAUGAAUUGAUAGAGGGAACAGCUGUUCUCAACCCUGGAGAGACUGGGAGAGAGGGAUCAGGAUGAAUUGAUAGAGGGAACAGCUGUUCUCAACCCUGGAGAGACUGGGAGAGAGGGAUCAGGAUGAAUUGAUAGAGGGAACAGCUGUUCUCAACCCUGGAGAGACUGGG